UUUAGUUCGUAUGUUUGACGACCACCAUCACUCACAACAUCAUCGUUUGCUGUUCAAAUCAAUUGUGUAAAAUAUUACUUUAAAAACUUUUUUUGGAAAUUUAAGUUUUUCUGGCGGUAUCUCGAUACAAAAUUUAAAAAUGUGUUCACGCGAUCCGGCCACAAAUCAAUUGAUCGACUACAAGAAUAAUGACUCCGAGGUGCAAAAGGAGAUCACAACAUCUAGUGGAACUCCGGUUGGUGUAAAGGAUGCUAUACAGACGGUGGGACCUAGGGGUCCGGCUUUACUUCAGGACUUUCAGUUUCUUGACGAGCUCAUGCACUUCGACUCGGAACGGAUUCCCGAAAGGGUGGCCUAUGCCAAGGGAGCUGGGGCCUUUGGCUACUUUGAGUGCACCCAUGACAUUUCCAAAUUCUGUGCGGCCACAAUUUUCGACAAGGUUAAGAAACGUUGUGCCAUCGCCAUGAGAUUUUCGGUGGCCUGUGGGGAACAAGGUUCGGCGGAUACGAUCCGCGAGCAACGUGGAUUUUCGGUCAAAUUCUAUACAGACGACGGCAUUUGGGACAUUGUGGGUUGCAACAUGCCUGUGUAUUAUGUGAGGGAUCCCUCGCUGUUCCCCAGCUUGAUCCAUGCCCAAAAACGCAAUCCGCAGACCCAUUUAAGGGAUCCCGACAUGUUCUGGGAUUUUAUGACGCUACGUCCGGAAACGCUGCACGCUCUGCUUAUGUACUUUAGUGAUCGCGGGACGCCCGAUGGAUAUCGCCACUUGCACGGCUAUGGAGUUCACACAUAUCGCAUGAUCAAUGCAACUGGGGAAACGCAGUACGUUAAAUUCCACUUCAAGACGGAUCAGGGUGUCAAGAACCUGGACAGCCGACGAUGCGAAGAGCUAAUGUCCCACGAUCCGGACUAUGCCAUCAGGGAUCUAUAUAACUCGAUAAAGAAGGGCAACUAUCCCAGCUGGUCCAUGUAUAUUCAGGUAAUGCUCAACGAGGAGGCCAAAAAGUGUCGUUUCAACCCGUUCGACGUGACCAAAGUGUGGCCCCAGAAGGAUUUUCCCCUGCUGCCGGUCGGAAAACUGGUCCUUGAUCGCAAUCCUACCAACUACUUCACGGAGGUGGAGCAGCUGGCCUUCAGUCCGGCCCACAUGGUUCCGGGGAUCGAGCCAUCGCCGGAUAAGAUGCUCCAGGGUCGUCUCUUUGCUUACGGGGACUCGCAGCGUCAUCGCAUGGGCGUUAACUACAUGCAGAUCCCGGUGAACUGCCCCUACAGAGUUAAUGUGAGGAACUUCCAGCGGGAUGGUCAAAUGACGGUGACCGACAACCAAAACGGGGCCCCCAACUACUUCCCCAACUCGUUCUGCGGCCCGAAGGAAAGUCCCCGGGCUUUGGGCCUGCAAACCUGCUGCCCCCUGACCGGAGAUGUUUACCGAUUUAUGAGCGGUGAUACGGAAGAUAACUUCAGUCAGGUCACCGACUUUUGGACCUACACCCUCGACAAUUGCGGCAGGAAACGACUUGUUCGCAAUUUGUCCGAACAUCUCACCGAGGCCAGUCAGUUCCUCCAGGAGCGGGCAGUAAAACUAUUCACCAUGGUACAUUCCGACUUCGGACGACUGAUGACGGAGGCCCUGAACACGGCCAGAAUAUCCAAAUUCUAGAGCUAUCAAAGAACUACAAUGGCGCUUAAAUUGUGCGAGAUGUUGCUAAGAGUUGCUGUAAUUCUAAUUGUCCAAAUUGUCUAAAUUGUCCAACGUGACGGAUUAGUAAUUUACAAGUAAAUUGUAUCGAGAUA